GGUUCGCGCGGGAAAAUGGCAAAGACCAGGGCGACCUCCCGUUUCCCGCCAAAUACGGCCAGUCACAUGCUCACCCUCCCGGUUCAAAUACCCAUGCUCUCCUCUGGCCUCCAGUGCAAACUUUUCCCCGCACCACACCACCACCCUGUCCGGAUGAUCACGAUGAGGACGCAGCUCGCUCCGGCGCUGCUUCUCCUCCUCGUCCUCCUAGCUGCGGCGGCGCCGCUCGUGCCGGCGUUGACCCCUCAGGAAAUCAGGCACAGGAGGUUAAAUGGCGCCAACAAGCUCUAUGUCAUGAGCGCCGACCCUGCCGCUUAUGCCGGCGAGAAGACAUCGGCGCCGGAAAGCAAGGAGGCAGCCCCUAAGGAUGCUGUCCAGAAGACGAGCUAUGUUAUGGGUGCCGGCGUUGAGCCGAAACCCGAAAGUAAGAGCGAUGAGAAGGUUUUAGAGGCCAAGAUCAACGCUGAAGUCAAACAAAUGAGGAAGGAAGCUGCCCACGAUGAUGCCGUCGCUGAGAAGAACGAUGAGAAGGUUUUAGAGGCCAAGAUCAACGCUGAAGUCAAACAAAUGAGGAAGGAAGCUGCCCACGAUGAUGCCGUCGCUGAGAAGAAAGCCAAAGAGUUCAAGAGCAAACCAAAAAACACCACCGACGAUGCAGAGGAUCAUGCCAAAGAGAAGAAAUCUGAGAGUAAGCUCGACUAUUCGGUGGACGCCGAUGGCGAGAAGAAAGAGAAGAAAUCGAAGAACAAGGAUGACGACUCCGAGGAGAAGAAAUCUAAAAGUAAGAGCGAGGACGACGACGAUGAUGAGAAGAAGGACAAGAAAUCCAAAAGCAAAAGCGACGACUACACGGAUGACACCGAGAAGAAAGUCAAAGACAAGGACAAGGACGAGGAUGAUGAUGAGAAGAAAGAGAAGAAAUCCAAGAGCAAAGAGGAUGAUUCCGAGGAGAAGAAAGAAAAGAAAUCCAAAGAAAAGAACAAGGACGAAGAUUUUGAUGCUGUCCCCAUAGAGACCAAGGCCGACGAAUCUAUGCCGGCGGCGGACACACCCGACGGGUACGCGACGCCGGCGAAGAAGACACCGCCACGGUUGCCGGCAGCCGCCAAUGGCUACCAAGCACCGACGACGACGAUGUCGGCGGCGGACACACCUGAUGGUUUUCUGCCGCCCAAGAUUGCUGCGGCAGACACGCCCGACGGCUACGCCGCACCGACAACGAUGUCAGCGGCCGACACACCCGACGGCUAUGUGACGCCGAGCAAGGCUAAGCCGGCGAUGUCGGCGACCGACUCGCCCGACGGCUACGUGACGCCGAGCAAGGCUAAGCCGGCGAUGUCGGCGACCGACUCGCCCGACGGCUACGUGACGCCGAGCAAGGCUAAGCCGGCGAUGUCGGCGAGCGACUCGCCCGACGGCUACGUCCCGGCGACCGACUCUCCCGACGGCAACGUUCCGGCGUCCGGCUCGCCCGACGGCUACGCCGUGCCGUUUAAAAAGCCAAAGCUGGACGUGCAGUCCUUCGAGGAGAUGGUGCCGCGGCCGGUGCUCGACAUGCUGAGCCCUGUGGUGAAGUCCCUGUGCGCCAAGACGAGAUUUCCCUACACGUGCGAGAUGUCGAUCGCGAAGCUGCCGGAGACGACCGUUGUGCCGGCGCGGCAGAAGGACGGCCUGGGCGUGCUGAACCUCGCCAUAGACGCCGUGCGCGCCAAGAUCAUGGAGGCGACUAAAGUGGCCAAGGACAUGACCGCGGACCCACGCGUGGACCAGAUCACCAAGAGCGCCAUCAAAGACUGCAUCACGCUGUACGACGACGUAAAAACCAGCUACGACACGGGACUGGCGGCGCUGAAGCGCGGCGACAAGUCGACGGCGACCACCGCGUUCGACUCGGCGAGGACCUACGUGGACACCUGCGACAACGGCUUCCUCGACCGCCCGGCGCUCAAGCCCGUCAUUGCCGGCCAGGAGAAGAUCCUCGCGGAGCUCUCCAGCAACGUCCUCGCCAUCAACAAAUACAUGUAAGAUUGUAAGUGACUAGAGAUGAUGGACCUCGCCAUUCCUUCGGGGAAAGGAAUUUGUAAGAAGCCUUCGACCGAUCGCCAGCCAAACAUAUAUGUAUUGACUUGUUGUACCAAACUAAUCUUGCAGAGUCUUGCGCGUGUAAACUGUAAUAUACUAAUCACUUUUUACA